UAAGCGAUAGAAUGAAAACGAAUACAAUUUUCUACUUCGUUGCUGAAAUCGCGGAUUUGCGGCAAGUUUGUAAGUAGUAAAAAGAAAAAAAAGGAAACAGAUUCGCACGCGACUCGUCAAAGUUAGCGAAAAACGCGUUGACGAGGCGAGCGGCAUUUAAAAAAGUCCUUUGUCGUUCGUUCGAAAUACGUUGCCUUUGUCAGAUGCGACACGUACCGAAUUUCAAUAGUUAAGCUAUACGCACCCAUGGCUAACUGUUUUAUCAUCGUUGCACACCGAUAUGCGGGUGGACGCACUUCCGCCUAUUCUGAUAAGCAGCGACGUUCGAAUGCAUCCGAAAUACGCGUUACGAAAUUUGAGCGACGCAGUCUCGUGUUUCGGAUAUAGGGGUCACGGGUACCUACCUAAUUCGAUACAUGUUCGUUAACGGGAUUGUCGUUCAACGCUCGAUCGACAUCUAUCGCGAUAAUUAACGGCGAGCAAAUAGUCAUUUUCCAACCUCGUCCAUCCACCGUUCUCUCUCUACUUACUGCACUCUGUGCGCAUCUAUCGAGACGCACUUCCUCCUCGACCUACGCCCUUUCCUCUUCCCGAUCCUGUAGGUAAUGCACAACGCGAAGUCGAUAAUCUUGACAAAUGGAUGUUUGUAGCGUGGGAUUGCGGAACAUUGGUUCCCUGAUACUGCGAAUGACAGGUUCCAUCGAGCCACGGUUGAUCGGUGCGCCUCGAGUACGAACGUUUUCUACGUGUCACCGAUAAAUUCUCUUUGAGACAGAAAUUGAAAGGAACAGAGCCGGAUCGUCGUACGUUCUUUUAAAAGCCACGCGUGUUCCGACUAUAUGCAAUUGAACAAACAUCGGAACAUCUGUUGGGAUAUUUAUGGAUUCCUCCAGUGAAACUGUAAACUUUCGAUGAAUUGUCAUAUAGUGGGAUAAGAGAAAGAGAAAGAAAGAAAAAGAGCAUCUGUUUGUAUCGUAAAUCAUACCUAAAACUUUGAAAACUCUUUUCAAGUUUGUGAAAUGUCUACGUAAAAUUUCUACAUAGACGUAUAACGUCGAAUUUCUGUAACCGUUGCAAAUGGAUGAGAAUUGUAAAAAUUAAAUUCGUUGAUUGGUAAUUACUUCUUAGUUGCACAUUCUCUGUUGUGCCAUAUGAAUACAAAUUUCAAGAGACUUUUUGGGAUUACGCGCGACAGCAGUUGGGUGGUCUACGUCCCGACAGGAUUUCGUCGCGCAUGCGUACGUUGCUGGCAAACUCCUACACGCGUACAGCAUCGUCUACGAAGAUGGAAGUUGGAGCGUAGAGUCGCCGCGAAUUUGUCGGCCGCCUCAGUCGCGUUCGGCGCGUCGUACGAGCAAGUGCGUUCUCGUUCGUUCUCACCCUGUUUCCGUAACCCUCGCAGUUUUUCUCUCGAUCCUCUUCCGCUUCUUCUUUCUCGAUCUACCUCGUUGAAGCUUUAUCUUCUUUCCCGCGAUCUUUACACAGUCACCGAUCGAAACGAAACGGCAACCCGCGAAACAACGUAACCAGAAGGAUAAUCAAAAAUGAAUCACGAUUAAAAGAUCGACAUACGGAUUUUCGUCGAAGACGAACUUGUGCGAUCGAAGGUACGACCAAUGCCAUUGAAUCGAGUAUUUACCUCUUUAAUCGAGCCGGAAAACAGUGUCGCUUCGUUUCGAACGGACAAACAAAGUAUCGAAUGAUCGAGUUAUCCCAAGCAGAAUCCCUUCGAAUGCUUGUUUCGUUAUUCGUGCGGAUAUAUUCUAUAUUCAGCAGGCGACGGUGUCGAGAAGAAUGUGCGAGAAUCACGUUGCAUCGUAAUUGAAAAUCCAGUGGACGAGAUAGAAAUCGUUCGGACGUAAACGAAAGAGGGAAAUCGGUCGCGCAACCGCGGACGGGCAACGAGAUGAAGUCAUCGGACGCUUAGCCAGAGAUCGGCUGGAAGCCAUGAAUUUUUCGUUGCGGUUUCAUCGAGUAAAAACUUGAAUCGCGAAUAAAAUCGCGGUGAAGAGGAACAGCACGAUCGCAAAGCGUUCGCGAACGACAUGUCCGAGGAAGAAACGACAGAACGGGCCGAUCGUAAUGAAACGUUCGAGAUAGACGGACUGAUUCAGGGGAAUCGUACGGGGGACCUGCCGGAAUUCUUCAACGUCACUCCACUCGAUGUCAACGCGACGAACGAGAUCGACUCAUUCUACUUCUACGAGACGGAACAAUUCACGGUCUUGUGGCUGCUGUUCGCGAUGAUAGUCGUCGGGAAUAUCGCGGUGCUAAUUGGCCUGCAGUGGGGGAAACGGCGUAAGACGCGCAUGGAUUUUUUUAUCAAACAGCUAGCGUUUGCGGAUUUAUUGGUAGGCCUGAUAUCCGUGCUAACGGAUAUAAUUUGGAGAACGACGGUGACCUGGCACGCGGGCAACGUUGCCUGCAAAUUGAUAAGGUUCAUGCAAGCCGUCGUUACGUACAGUUCUACAUACGUACUUGUCGCAUUGUCGAUCGACAGAUAUGACGCCAUUACCAGACCUAUGAAUUUCACCGGCAGGUGGUGGAGAGCCAGGGCUCUGGUGGUAGCUGCCUGGGGUUUGUCGGCAUUGUUUAGCGUGCCGAUUAUUUUCCUGUACGAGGAAAAACGCAUACAGGGGAAGACACAAUGCUGGAUAGAUCUGGGAUCUCCUAUGCAAUGGAGGAUCUACAUGAGCCUGGUCAGCUUUACCCUCUUUAUAGCCCCUACUCUGAUAAUAGGAGGCUGUUAUGCUGUGAUCGUAGCUACUAUAUGGUCGCAAGGAGGGGCAUUACGUCAGGGACCUACUCGAGACACCAGAAGAGCAUCGUCCCGAGGACUCAUUCCCAGGGCUAAAGUUAAGACGGUCAAAAUGACUCUCGUUAUAGUGUUCGUAUUCAUUCUUUGUUGGAGCCCGUACAUAGUGUUCGAUCUGCUGCAAGUUUACGGAUAUGUACCAGAGACGCAGACUAACAUCGCCGUGGCCACUUUCAUUCAAAGUUUAACGCCUCUGAAUUCGGCGGCGAAUCCGAUUAUAUACUGUCUCUUCAGCACGUCGUUUUGUAAAACCGUACGGAACAUACAGGCGAUCUCGUGGGUUUCUGGGUGGUGUGCAACGAAUCCCCAUCAUUGUUUCGGCACCGGUGCUCCGAACAGCAGCACCAGGACAACAGUAACGACGUCGUUGACGGCGCAGUCUUCGAGAAGAAGCGGGCACAUCGCCAUGAUACACUCCGCCACCAGGAAACGUGUUAUGGUGUCUCUGGUUUAAGGAACGAACGAUGGGAACUGUAUCUAGAAUUCAUAUUAGAUAUACGUAGAAUUCUUCCGCCUAACAGCUCCUGUCGAGCUUCAACAAAGAGGCCACAAGUAUUACGAGUCUGCGAAAUUAUGUUCGAUACUUCGUCUACGUUUCUCGAAUCGCGACACACGAAUCUUUGAAUCGUCAUUUAACUUUUUUCUAUCUUCUCUUCGAUUCUUUGUCUCUUCUUCGUCGAGAAUUCAAGGGGAUACGAAAUGAAAUUGGGACUAGUUGUUGUAAUACAAAGUACAAUCUACGUGUUAUGCAAUGAAUAUUAGAAUCAUAAUUUAGGAGACCGCGGAGAAAUGUGAAUAAAAUAAGUUUUUUAUUCCCGCAUUUACGUGAUCAGUAUUUUAGGCGAGAUCGUGCACGGUCCUCAUAUUUUUCAUCCUCUAAAUGAAACGUAACAUCUUAUUAGAGAAAUUUUCAAAAUGUCAAAGUUAUUCCGAAUUGCGGUAUUUGUACAAGAACUUUACUAAUGACGGCAAACGAAGGCCAAAUAGCGAGAUACGGCUCUACGAUCGACCAGGAAUAUCAUUUCGUUAAAUAAACUCUGAUUUAAUGAAGCCGUUCGCCAAGUUUCAGGAGGAUGAAAGGAACAUUAACCUGGCAAUUGAUCAGCCUAUGUGGAAAAUGAUACGCUCAAAGUAUACAUGUACAUAUAUACAUAGCGAACGAACGGCAGCUUCAUGUGUAUAUACAUAUGCACGUUUUACAGUCGCGCACGCACACACGUAUACAUAUUUGCAGGCAGGCCAGAUACACACCUACACACGUGAAACCAUAAAUGUAUAAUAUAUUCAUGUAUUCCAUCCGUUCGCGAUCGACGCGAAAACGCUCAGCCCUUGAGGUGGGCUAUUUUGUUAGCGAUCUACGGGAACGAUAAAUCUCUACCAGCAAGACAAUUCCUCGUAUCGAUUCGCAUCUCUACGAACAACACAGUUGUGCAACAAAUUCAUCUUUGUACCUUCGGGCGAUCGCGAACUUCUCUAUUGUGAACACUCUAUCAAGCACUAAAAUGAAACUGCUGCAAUGAAAACAGCUUCGUUCGAACAUGCGAAAAGAUUUACCGUCCAUGAAUCGGAACGGGACGAUUUAAUUGUUUAAUCGACCACUUGAACUUUCGUACUAUGCAUUGUGUUUCAAGGUUGAAAAGCCCUUUUAUGACGCAGUUAGAUGUUACGAACAUGCUACGUUUAGAUACCAGUAUAGUUAGUAGAUGAAGCUGUAUUCGUAAUUCCUCUAUUCGCUAUUUAUUGCACUCUUCUAUUAAAAAAAGAAGGAACAAGAAUAAGAAAUAAGUUACGAAAGAUAACGUGUCACUACGUCUUCUUGCGAUAUAAAUAUUUUCACUGUGCACAAAGUUUGUACAUACUGUCGAAUAAACUCGUCCAUAAUACCCGUA